AUGGACUUUUUAUACUCAGUGAUAUUAGUUCAUAGUUUUAUAUUACCCAGUUUGAGUUCUGAAGUAAGAAUUGAUCCAUUAGUGUUGAUCGAGCAAGGCCUUGUAAGAGGUCUGAUUUCUAACGACGGAAGUUAUUCCAGUUUUCUCGGAAUUCCUUACGCGCAAGUGAAUCUAAGCGAUCCGUUUGGAGAACCAUAUCCACAUCCUGGAUUCGACGAAGUAGUAUACAACGCCUAUGACGGUACAAAACAAUGUCCGCAAAGUGAUAAGAAAGCGGAAAAAACGCGAUGCAGCCCAACAUCUCUAAAAUCGGGGGAAGAGAUACUAGACUGCCUUCGACUGAACAUCUAUGUCCCCACCGUUGCAAGCUCACAAAACCCUCUCCCCGUUCUAGUAUGGAUACACGGUGGCAUCUAUGCUGUUGGAAGUGCUGGCAAUUACGAUCCGGAUAAACUAGUCAGACAAGGCAUAGUCGUGGUCACGAUCAACUAUCGUUUGGGACCGUACGGUUUUAUGUGUCUCGAUGUCCCCAAUGUCCCCGGCAACCAGGGUUUGAAAGAUCAAUUCGUAGCUCUACGUUGGAUAAGAAACCACAUCCGUGCAUUUGGUGGUAAUCCGUACAAUGUAACGAUCGCGGGACAAAGUGCUGGCGCAGGAUCGGUUCUCUUCCAUCUGUAUUCUAAGAAAGAGAAGUUAUAUAACAACGUGAUAGUACAGAGUGGUGUUCCCCAAAAUCUACUAUCAUUUGUUGAUGCUGAUGUAGACGCUGCAAUAAAAAUAGCUCUACAUUUAGGAUUCAAUACAACCGACACACUACAGGCAUUAGAUUUUCUUUCUAAUACAUCUCAUGUAUUGGUUAGUAGAGCUGCUGCUGAUUUAGACUUAAAGCUAAGGCCUUGUAAGGAAAGAUCGUUUAGUGGAAUAGAAAGCUUCAUUGACACGGCCCCAUAUUACUUCUCUAAUGACAUAAAAGUAAAAAAUACAGCGAUUAUGAUCGGUCAAACGAGUAAAGAACAUUUGGGAUCUCAAGCUAAGAACGGGGAUGGCUAUUACGAAACUGAUCCAUUCUACGAUAACAUUAAAGAAUAUUUUAACUUAGACGAAAACGAAUUAAAGGAAGCUGCGCAAACGGUGCGACAAUUUUAUAUAGGAGAUGAAUCAAUAUCCAGAAAUAUGAUUUCUGAGUUAGAAACUUUUACAUCAGAUUUUAUUUAUAACCAUCCAGUAGAUAGGACUGUGGUCAGUCUAUUAAAAGAAAUGCCAAAAGCAGUCUAUGAAUAUGAGUUUCGGUAUGUCACCGAUCAAGGUCUGGAAGGAGCACCACACUGUGAAGAGUUGAAAUAUCUGUUUAAUUUUUACGAUGAAAAAGUCGAAUAUACGGAACAAAAUCAAAUAAUAAUUAAUCGUCUCACGAAGAUGUGGUCGAAUUUCGUAAAAUACGGGAAUCCCACACCAGAAGUUGACGAGCUGUUACCAAUAAGAUGGUCAGCUGUUACGAACAAUUCCAGACCAUACAUGAUCAUCGACUCUGAACUCAAAAUAGAAAAUAGAAUAAAUAAGGAGAGAAUGGCAUUUUGGGAUCUCUUUUAUAAGGCGUAUGGAAAGUACAAUAAAUUUUCGACACGAUGCCAUGAUUAA